AUUGGCUAUGGCCUGGUAUCGUCCUUGAAUGAUUAGAUUCGUCCUACAUAUCAAGCGCCAGGUCAUGGCCCUUCUUCGUUAUCUUUGUUGACUCCACGCAGGAUGCCUAUAUCCCUGCUCACUUUGAACGAUGGGACCAAAGCACCCUGGAUUGCCUUUGGCACGGGAACCGCACUGUAUAGCAAAGAUGCUCAACAGUCAGUCAUCACCGCCAUCCAGAGCGGGUCCACUCAUCUGGAUGGUGCUCAACAAUAUCAGAACGAGGACAGUCUGGGUGCCGGGAUUGCCGCCUCAGGGAAACCACGAUCUGAAUUGUACAUCACGACGAAGCUUGGCAACUUGCAACCGGGGGAUACACCCAAAAGCGCAUUAGAAGAGUCUCUGAGAAAGUUGGGGAUCGACUACGUCGACCUGUAUUUGAUUCAUCAUGCGCUGCUGAAUGUGGGAAGGCUCAAGGACCUUUGGAUAGGGAUGGAGGAAGCCAAGAAUGCCAGCUUAACGAAGUCGAUUGGUGUCUCUAACUUUACCGCUGACCACCUCAAUGAAAUACUGGAGGUUGCAACUAUCUCUCCCGCUGUCAAUCAGCUCGAGGUUCACCCUUGCGUCUGGAAGGCUCUCCAGCCCACUCUUUCCCUCCAUGAGAAAUACAACAUCGUUACGUCCUCUUACGGGGGUCUCUCUCCACUUGUGGGAGGAAGAGGCGGCCCUCUGGAUCCACUGGUAGAACGCAUACGCGUACGUCUGGAACAUGCACGCGGCUCCACGGUUUCCGAAGGACAAGUACUGCACAAGUACUUCCAACGAAAAGGUAUACUUGUCGUGACGACAUCCGCGAAGGUAGAGCGUGUUCAGGAAUACCUCGAUACGGAGAAUGCGCCCGAGCUGACACCUGACGAAAUUGAAGACAUCGAGGCUGCUGGUGCAAAAUUCCAUAAAAACUGGCCUCCAGAGUAGAUGCGUUGAAGUCAUACGUAUUGGAGUAUCAAACAGACCAUCGGCGCGUAGUUUCCAACACACCUCCGUUACUUUUGGCUUGCAAUUGGAGAUGUCCAAAUAAAGUCAACUGUUGCUUAUGUAACACGUACGAUAUGCGUCCGUGUCUUAUGUAAUGCUUGUUCGUCCU